UUUAAGCGCGUCGUAUCGUUGAACAAUAUAAGAAUAUGAAUGUCGCUUUGUUGUGUGUUAUUUUCAUAAUUAAUGAAACAAAGAGCUUCUACGUUGACAACACUAGUUUUCAUAAAGACGUUGAAAGGAAAAUGGUCCUUUUGAGGAAACUACAAAAUUUACAAGAAUAUGACUCGAGAAAUGUAGCUCAAACGCCGUCUUGGAAUGAAAUUUUAGCCGACGUUCUCGUGAAACGAAUUUUCCCAUUCCACAAACAGAAUAAUGAGACAGAAAACAUAACCAAUGUCGAUGACGAGAAAAGCAUAUGGGUUGGAUGCAUUAGUUUCGCUUUGAAAAUAUACAAAAACUAUUUAUAUGAUAAACUGAGGUAUGACGGGGACACACGUAACGACGCCGCAGUUGAAAUACCUGAGUCUGUCAAUGAUACAUCCGAUAAUCCAAAUGACGAUGUCGAAAUACUAGAGCCGGCGUAUCACGGGAAAUUGUGCGAUAAUUGUGAUAUUAAAACAGAAAUUGAAAGCAAUAUUGGUGAUUGUGGUGAAGGUUCAGUGAAGGACGCAGAUGGCAAUUGUACUUCGAAGUCAUCUCAGUUUAUUUUAUCAAUACCAUCUCAAUGCCCCGUUGGUUACAGACGAGAUUGGCUUGGCUAUUGCAGAGUUCUGCUUUAAAUAAAGGCUAUAACAAUUAUAUGAUAUCAAUGUUUACAAUGCCUCACGCAAAUCAGUAGUAAUAGAUGAUGGAUUUAAUUUAAAGUCUAAAUCGCGCUAUAAAGAUUUGUCGCGUAUAUGUAUAUAGGAUCAUGUUCAAAAUCAACCAAGAGCUAUGUAUAAUGGAGAGUUAAUUAUCUUGGUCACCGAAUUGUAGAAACAAUCACGAAACGUUUUUUCAUUACGAAAUAUAAUAUACAAUAAUAAGUAUAUUAUUAUUCCUAUAAUCCCCUUAUCAACAAUACAUUUCCAAGAGAAGAUCGAUAGAAUGUACGCUUACUGUAUUGAUAUAAACCUGAAUAUUACUGACUCUUGCAGGAAAGUGAACUUAUUGCGUCUAAUAAAUUAUGAAGAGAA